AUGGCGCCUGUCCCGAUUUACGUCAAAGGUGGUGUUUGGACCAACGUAGAAGAUCAAAUCUUAAAAGCUGCCAUACAAAAAUAUGGGACUCAUCGAUGGAGUAAAAUCGCCUCACUAUUACAUAAGAAGACUGCAAGACAAUGUGAAAUUAGAUGGAAUGAAUAUUUGAACCCAACUUUAAAUUUUAAUGAUUUCUCUAAAGAUGAAGAUGUUAAAUUAUUGGAUUUGGCUAGAAAAUUGCCUAAUCAAUGGAGAACUAUUGCUGAUUCAUUGGGAAGGACUGCUCAGUUUUGUAUAGAACGUUAUAAUAAAUUAUUAUCUGCAGAUGAUAAUGACCAAGCAACAAAAGAAGAAGAAGGAAAAGAAGGAGAUCGUGAAAAUUUGAUGUUGGGUUCUUCUUUAGAUUUUAAAAUAGGUGAUGUGAAUCCUAAUGCAGAAACUCAAGCAGCUAAACCUGAUAAGGAAAUUUUGGAUGAUGAUGAAAGAGAAAUGGUAGCAGAGGCAAGAGCUCGUUUAAUGAAUACACAAGGUAAGAAAGCAACCAGGAAAAUACGAGAAAGAAUGUUAGAAGAAUCAAAAAGAGUAGCUCAAUUACAAAAAAGAAGAGAAUUGAAAGUCGCAGGGAUAAAUACUAAAAUCAAAAAGGGGAAAAAAAAAUAUGAAUCAGAAAUAGAUUAUAACGAAGAUAUUGUCUAUGAACAGGAACCUGUUGCAGGUUUGUAUGAUACUACAGAAGAAGAUAAACGAAGUGAAAUAAACUUUAAAAAUUUUGAAAAAGCUGUAAAUAGGAAAGGUUUAAAAGAGAAUAACAAAAACGAAGAAUCUACAAGUAGACCUCUAGGAACCAAACCCACUAUAAAGAAAAGAAAGGCAUUUGAUGAUAGAGAUGGAAAGUUGGGCCCAAUGACAGUUACUGAUAAUAUCUUAACAAAUGACUUCAAAAAACCGAAAUUAUCAUUGUCAAAGCCUGGAGUAGCUAGCGAGUAUGAAUCAGCCGAAACAAUAGAGUCUAAGAGGCAACAGUUGUUAGAUGCGAAAGACGUAGGUGUAAUUUUAAAACACGGCAAAUCAGCUCCUGUAGUGAAGACUGAAAUUGAACCGGACUUGACCUCAACGAAACCGACAAUGUCUCGGAAACAAAUCGCAAAGUACCUUGUGAAAAUGUUUGCAAUGUUACCAUCUCCGAAGAAUGAUUUUGAAAUUGAAAUCGAUGAUGAAUAUACUGAUGAGGGUGAUAAUACUGAUGAAAUCCAGAGAAAUGUUGAUGACGAAAGAACUGAUAACCAAGGUAAAACACCUCUGUUUUCCGACAAUGAUGAAGAAUACAAGGUGGAUGAAGCAACAACUUUUCCAAUAGAUAUUCCUUGUCUUGAGUAUAGCGAUGAGCUGCCGUUACCAGGUACCAUCGAAUCCCCUAAUGAUGACUUUGCAUUAGAAUUUAAUAAACUAAUAUUAUGUUCAUUAUCCGAGUCAACUUAUAUGGAAGACAGAGAAUUUGAGAAAUGUUAUAAUGAUGUCAGCAUGAUGAUAAGUGAGGAGCAGAAGUUGAUGCCGAAAGACAAGAAAAAAAUGUAUCUAAAUGCAGUUGAAAAUUACCCUCCCAAAUUGGGGGAACUACAAGAAUCGAUCCAGGAUAAAUGUGAUCGAAUUCGUGAGGUACAAAAAGAUUUAUUGUAUUUGGAUGCAUUAAAGCAAGAAAAUACGGAACUUAACAGUGACUUGUGUGGUAACAUUAUACCUAAUUUACGUGAUUUACAAAUGAAAUAUUACAUUUAUUAUCGAAUAUUUCAAAAUGAAUCAAAGGGAAUAAAACAACGUAAGGAAGGAUUGGAGAAUGAUCUCCUAGGAUCUUUCCGUAGAUGA